UGUCAUCAAGACGUACUCAAAACCGGCUUACAAUAUGCAUCUAAAUAAAUUAAUGUUUCUCCGAAUUAAUAUCCUUCUAAAAUAAGAAGAUAUGGAACUGGAAGAUGCCAUCACUGUAACAAAAUUACUUACUCACAACGGGCCGCUUUACAUAUUAAUAGGAUGGCAAUCAAAAUCCUUUGAAAUUUUCAUAUACCACGAUGAUAAUGUUUGGAAAGGAAAGUUCUCGGCACAUCGACUGACAGGAUUCAGUAAAAAUUUGCAAAUGCCUGAAAAAGAAUAUAUUGCUAGUAUAAAAAGGUGUUUAUCGGAAUAUAGGGAAGAUUAUAUCUAUGAGUUAAAAAGUGGUUUCUUUUAUUGGAAAAGAAAACAAAACGAAUCAGUAAUAAUCGAAGGCUUCUUACCUGUAGAAUUAGAAACUUCUCCAAACAUUACCCGUUUAGAUUUGAUUGAUAUUUCACUAGCUUUGAAUAGGCAUUUAUGUAACAAAAUAAGCAACUAUAAAUCUAAAUUUGAAAAUAUUCAAAAAGAAUAUCAAAAAUGCUUGAACGAUACAGAAGAAUUUUUAAGUUUAAAAGUAGACAUGGAAAAAACACUAAGCAAGAAAUUUUUAAAUUUGCUCAAUAUAAAAAAAAAUGAAGUCGUUAUGUUACUUAAAUCGUCGUAUAAAUUACAAUGAUGGUUAAAUUUUAAUUUAGAUUUCCUAUUUCAAUUUGGUAUUUUAAUUGAAAAAAUACAA